GCCCCAUAGCGGGCGCCACGCAUGGAGCGAGAGCGGCGGUGGUCGCCGGGCUGAGCCGCGCGGAGCGGCCGGGACGUGGAUGCAGCCGCGAUCUCCCGCCCCCGCCCCGCCGAGCAGGAGCUGCUCCCGGACAAGGCCACGGUAUUUUCCACUCAGGUCUGGGGAGCCCCAGAACCCACUGUCUCCCCAUCAAGUGAGGAGGAGCGGCCGAGAUAACUCAGCACGAGUGUCACGGCAUGAAACCAGAUCUCUGAAAAUAAUAUAUGAGAAAUGAGUGUUGGACGUCGAAGAAUAAAGUUGUUGGGAAUCCUGAUGAUGGUAAAUGUCUUCAUUUAUUUGAUUGUGGAAGUCUCCAAAAGCAGUAGCCAAGAAAAAAAUGGAAAGGGGGAAGUAAUAAUACCCAAAGAAAGGUUCUGGAAGAUCUCUGACCUUCCUCAGGCAUAUUGGAACAAGGAACAAGAAAAGCUGAACAGGAGGUUCAAUCCCAUUUUGAACACGUUAGCCAACCAGACAGGAGAAGCAUCCGGAUUCUCCAAUAUAAGCCAUCUCAAUUACUGUGAACCUGACCUGAGGGUCAUGUCAGUGGUUUCAGGUUUCGACAGUUUGCCAGACAGAUUUAAAGAUUUUCUGCUAUAUUUGAGAUGUCGAAAUUAUUCACUGCUCAUAGACCAACCAGAUAAGUGUGCAAAGAAGCCCUUCUUAUUGCUGGCGAUUAAGUCCCUAACUUCACAUUUCGAUAGAAGGCAAGCGAUUCGGGAAUCUUGGGGCAAAGAAACCCAUGUGGGGAACCAAACAGUGGUGCGAGUCUUCUUACUGGGCCAGACCCCCGCAGAGGACAACCAUCCUGACCUUUCAGAUAUGCUGAAAUUUGAGAGUGAGAAGCACCAAGACAUUCUUUUGUGGAACUACAGAGAUACAUUCUUCAACUUGUCUCUGAAAGAAGUACUCUUUCUCAGGUGGGUGAGCACUUCCUGCCCAAAUGCUGAGUUCGUGUUCAAGGGCGAUGAUGAUGUUUUUGUGAACACCCAUCAUCUCCUGAAUUACUUGAAUAGCUUAUCCGGGAACAAAGCCAAAGAUUUGUUUAUUGGUGAUGUGAUUCAUAAUGCUGGACCUCAUCGGGAUAAGAAACUCAAGUACUACAUCCCGGAAGUUGUUUACACUGGCGUCUACCCGCCUUAUGCAGGAGGAGGCGGAUUCCUCUACUCCGGCCACCUGGCCCUGAGACUGUACAAUGUGACUGACCGGGUCCUUCUCUACCCCAUUGAUGAUGUUUAUACUGGAAUGUGCCUUCAGAAACUCGGCCUUGCUCCAGAGAGACACAAAGGCUUCAGGACAUUUGAUAUAGAAGAGAAAAGCAGGAGUAACAUUUGUUCCUAUGUAGAUUUGAUGUUGGUACAUAGUAGAAAACCUCAAGAGAUGAUUGAUAUUUGGUCUCGGUUGCAGAGUGCUCAUUUAAAAUGCUGAAUUAUGUGCAAACUAUAUUUUACAUAGAAAUGUAUCUCAAAUAGUUCCCAUUUGUGUUCUCUUCCAUUAGAGGUCAUUUCUAUGUAAAACCAUCAGAAUUGCCUUUAUAGAUCAUGUCCAUUUGACGGCCUCUAAACCCUUCAGUUCAGACGGUAAAGCGUCUGCCUGCAAUGCGAGAGACCUGGGUUCGAUCCCUGGGUUGGGAAGAUCCCCUGGAGAAGGAAAUGACAACCCACUCCAGUAUUCUUGCCUGGAGAAUCCCAUGGAUGGAGGAGCCUGGGGGGCUACAGUCCACGGGGUCGCAAAGAGUUAGACACAGCUGAGCGAUUUCACUCAUUCACUCAAACCCUUCAGUGUGGUACUUCCUGAAGAGGGAAAGCAGAAGAUGCUAAUUUUUGAUGUAGAAUAUGACAAAAUGAAUGAUUCUGACUCUUCCUGUUAGCCAGUGGUCAUUAUUUUCUAACUUGUCCCCCUCAUCAUUUGAAAUCAUGUUUCUAGAAUUUGACCAUAUUUUUGUUUUGCCCGCAUACGAUGAUAAUCCUAUUUCCCAUUAUAAUGAGUAAAUUAUCAGUUUAGGUAUUCAUAAACCUAUUGGCAAGAGAGACAUUGUUCUAUAUGACUCAAUGGUUUUAGUGAAAUGCAAUUAAAUUUGUUUUCAUGAAAUUUAGAUGAAGUUUUAAAAUCAUCUAGAAAAAAUUGACUUUUGUCCGAAUUGCCCUGCCACCCCAACAGUAUUCCCUUGUGUUAACCUAAUCAAUCAGUUUUGCAAAAUGAGCAUCGUUGGGUGACAUUUAUCCAGUUUAUCAUGUUAUAGUCUUAUGAUCAUCAUGAGAAAGCUUAACUAUCUUGCAUUUGGUCUCCUGGGUGGUAUCAUGAUAGUUCUCUUUUUUAGUAUUUGAAAAUAAUGAGUAUGAUUCCAUAAUCUUCAAACUGAAGAUUGAAUUGUCCCUGGCAACCAUAUUGUAUUUAUAAUUUUUCAUUGUGGACCAGGAAAGCAUAUGUAACUUUUGAACUUUAAGUGAAAAGAUUGAAAUUGCAGACCUUUUCAUGAAUGGUUUGUCAGUUUAAAACGCAGGAUUCUAUUCUUACCAUAUGGUUACAUGUUACUUAUACAAAAUUAUUAUCUGAAGUAGUGACUGCUUUCCUGUUUCAGUGUAGAAGUGCCUGUGUUUUUAUUUAUUGUUCAGAUCAAAUACCAAACAUUUUCUUAAAUAUAUUUUGUGUAAUAUUUUAUUUGUAUACAGUGUUGACUUAUUUAACUAGAGCAUGGUAUUUUAAAUAGUAAAGUAACAUGUUAAAUAAAACUAAUGGUUAUUUUUGAAUUUUAAAAUCUGUUCUUUUUUGGGGGACUAUAAACUAGGAUUCUGCCAAACUGUUGCUUAUAUAUACUAUCUUGUGACAUGCUUUCUUGAGAUAUUUUUGUGUUGUAGAGAUGAAGAUUCUUACAGAUGUGAUAGUGGAAACUGUAAGAAGAGGGAAAUAAAGUCACCAUAUUUUUAA